GUUGAAAGAACAAUUCAUGACAAAGGGCAGAACUCCAGCUCUAUUCAGCGCCAGUGUACAAAACACAAAACAAGAGUCCUGCUGUUCUCAUUCUAUCUGCAUCAGAUACAAAUGGGAGGUGGUGAAGCGGGCUGCACGAGUUCAAAUCUAUGGCUUGCUCAAGACCCCAGCAAAAGAUGGGGUGAAAUAUUUUUCCUUCUAUGCACUCCCUUUUGGCUCACUCUUUGUCUCAGAAUUGUUGUUCCUUACAAACUUUAUGAGAGUUUCACAGAGUGGGAAUACCUGAUUGUGGGACUUAUUUCAGCACUGCCUGCUUUCAUUAUACCUAUAAUUUUUUGUUGGAAAGGUAACAUUGCGGAUAGCAGCAAAUGUUGGAAGGAUCGUUAUUGGAUAAAAGUGAGUAUUGGUUUUGCUCUUCUUUUCUUUUCUCUUCCCUUUCUCUUUACAUUGCUAAUCUGUGGAUCAUGCUUUUCAGUUACGUGGGGAAUUACUUCUGGACUCAUUAUUUUCUCUGUCUUGGGCGCCUCGUAUACUUUCCCAUCAUGGAAAAUGAAUAACGAUUCAGCAUUAUACGGCCCACUGGCCGGAGAACCUGCAGUGGGGUUUCAAAGCCAACUGGAUUUUAGGCCUUUCAUACUUCAUAGCAUAUCUAGAGACUGUAGCUAUUUCCAAUCCUCCAUGUACAAAUAUGGCUCCUUGUUCUAUGCCAUUUACUUUGUCAUUAGCUUCCCUAUGUUCUUUAGGAUUGACGAGAAACCUGGUGAUUGGUGGGACCUGCCUAGGGUGGCCAUUGAUGCUUUAGGUGCUGCAAUGUUAGUGACUAUAAUCCUCGACUUAUGGCGUGUUUUUCUUGGCCCGAUUAUACAAAUUGCAGAUUCAAAACAGUGUCUUCAACCGAGACUGCCUUGGUUCCCGGGGAAUGCCUAAAGUGGGACCCAUUGGGAUAAAGCAAGCAAGAGAAAGUUCAUUCAAUUUAUACUGGUCUGGGCAUCUUUUUUAGCUACUCCUUGUAACUAUGAAUAUAUUUGGUCUUUUGUGCAGGCUGAUUUUUUUAGCAGGAUUUGAGUUGCCAUGUUGUUUGUUCAGUAUCUUUGCUCGCAUGUUUUCAAGUGUAGACUGUAGAAUGAUGAUGGAUUCCAACUAAUCUGAGUUUUCCUUUUAAUUUAAUAGUGAUUUGAUUCAUGGGUUGUUG